CGACACACAAGGACGUCACUUACUUUUGAAUUUUCGUCGAUGGACUGUGUUUUGUCAGGUUUGAGGGAUUCGUUCGUUAAUGGUGACUUGGAUACUCAGCACAAUCUAAUAGUUAAAAUUGAAAAUUGGAGUCGUGUUCGCAUUGAUGCAGGAAAUGCCCAGUAACUUCUGAUUUUUAUAAAUACUUUCUUAGGACAAUUAAUGAUUAUCUUUACAACGUACUGUCUAUUUAUUAUUCACAUUCCUUCCAUGAGUGUCCUGUAAGACUUUCAGUGAAUAUUUAUUAAUAAUCCAAGUUAUGUAGAUCCGAUAACUAUAUGACCUGGACAUCCCUUUUAGCUUCAUUUCUUGACUCCAGAGUGUUGCUUCAAAAACAUAACUCGCACAACAAUCUUGACUUGUUCAACUCAAAAGAUCUCUGUAUGGUGGAGUUCACACUUUCAGGGGAAACUAUUUAUCUAGUUGACGUACUUCUACAAAUGAACACCAUUGCUCUUGUCCCUGAGUUUGGAGAGUUUGUGGCAAAACGAGUAUUUUCUCUAGACAAGUCGACUUAUAAACGUCAUGAGAAUGCUAUCAGAAUUCUCAUGCUUCAUAAAUGGCUGGAUCUGAACUUUUCUCACGUUCUGAAGCCUACUUAUGAGCAACUGGGUAGAUAUUUAGAUCCGAAUUCCGUUUUGGACUGGAUGGGCUUAAGAAUCCGGACAAAUAUAAAAAAAGCAUACUGGAGAGGUUGCACAGUAGCAGACAAAAUACAGGUACUUUUGAACUCUUUUGAUCUAUCUACCUUGGCAACACUGCUUGGUCAAUCUACAAAUUCUGAUGGUGGAGAACAGGAUAACUGUAAGAAACAAAACAGUUAUCACCACAAAGAACCGAAGGAGCACUUUCGAGAAAAGAAGAUUGUGAGAAAAUUCCAUCCAUCUGCUUUACCAAUAGGGGGUGACGUUUGUACAGAUAUAGUUAAAAAUAAAGAGGGUAAUCAGUCCUCACUAUAUUCACUUGAAAAACCGGGAAACCCGAACAGUCCAAAUGCACAGCGGGAUACAGACAUUAUAUCAGAAGCUAAGCGAAGAUUAACGGAUAAAAAUGAUAGAAAGCGCGAUAUGUCUGAUUGUGAAGAGAAGGUUCAGGCUGAUUAUGGGUUCAGCAGAUCAUCUAAGAAGACCAAAUUAAAUGGUGAAUGUAGUAAUAUUGAGAAUGAAAACGGUGAGAUAGACGUGUUGGAUGUAGGAAACGACAUCGACACUAAUCAGAAUAUGCGAGAUUAUGUUAGUGCAGACACUUCCUUGCAUGGAAAGCCAGUCACACCAACGGAACGGAGUCAGGACAUUGGUUCACCUGGUAAACGGAAAACACCAAAGAAGAACAAAACCCCUACGGUUAGUGGCUCUGAAGUCAAGAAUGUUAUUGUGAGCCCCACCUCCUCAACUGAAAAGAGAAAAGCAAGUUGCAGCAAUACGAAUACCAGAAGUGAGGUAGACGUGUUGGAUGUAGGAAACGACAUCGACACUAAUCAGAAUAUGCGAGAUUAUGUUAGUGCAGACACUUCCUUGCAUGGAAAGCCAGUCACACCAAUGGAACGGAGUCAGGACAUUGGUUCACCUGGUAAAGGGAAAACAUCAAAGAAGAACAGAACCCCGACGGCCAGUGACAAAAGAGCAAGGUUGUGUGUGAAUAAUUUGGCGACUUCACUGGACGCUUCAGCAUCAUUAUCUUGCGUGGAAUCGAGAAAUAAUAUGUGCACUUCAGCUAAGUUGUGCAUAAAUAAUGGUUUAAAUAAACCAGCUACCAGGCGGUCGAAAACCAUCGAUGCUGCUGUUUGUAAGUCAGCUACUGUGCGAAGCAGUUACUCAUUGCGCACCAGGGAUUCUUUGAGAUAGUUUCGACUUGAGGUUCUUGUCCUUCCAGAGCUCUGAUGUACUGUACUUACUAAUAAACACUAUAGAUGAUAGAUCAAUUUCGCGUUUAUUAUUGUAAAAAAACAAAAGUCGCGACUCACGAAAUUAAAUACAUAUAACUUUUAUUAUAUCAA